CCGACUCCACGACGACAGCCGACGGGAGCCGUGAAAUAUUCGGCUAUCUUCGGAAGAUUUAUUUUAACUUUCCGAAGAUCAAGCAUGGAACUUCUGUCACUCGAGAGUCAUGUGAGUGGUUAUGAGAGAAAAACACUGACACUGCGUAUGCGUAUGAUUCGAAUGGAAGGAGAAAGUAUGGCGGAUCAACGAGAUUUGGUGCAUCUCAACCGCUUGAAAUGCUUCAACGAUGCUGUUUUUGCCAUAGUAUCGACCAUUUUGAUUCUUCCCAUCCGCAAAAUUCCAGAAAACUCUUCUAAAGACCUUGAAACUGAGCUGGAUAAACGAUGGAAGCAGCUUGUAGUGUAUUUCAUAUCGUUUCUUGUUAUUUGCUCUGUCUGGGAAUCCCAUGUGCACCGUUUUAAGAUUCUUGCCCAUGUAGACGAUGUGUUAGUUUGGUUGAACCUAACCUCUCUCAUGUUUACCUCGUUUUUACCGUUUGCGUGUGCACUGGAGGGAAAUUAUCCGACAAAAUAUCUUCCUUUAAUGCUGAUUUGCGCUGACAUGUUGGUUGUAGAACUUCUCGAAGUGGCUAUGAUUUUCUAUUCCUUUCACCAUGACUACUUGCUGAUAGACGAACUAAAAGACCUCUCUAAGGAACAACAGAAGGAAAGAAGAAACUAUAUGUUGGCGAAAAAACUUCUUAAUCCAAUGCUGUAUAUUUUGGCUGGAUCUCUGAGUCUCGUCAAUUCUGUUACUUCAUGGGUUGUGAUUUCUAUCGUCAUCAUCACGCCCUGCAUCCAUCGUCUAAUUGGCUUCAUCUUUCGAAAAUGCAAGUUUGUUCGCGUGGCUGGAGCAGAUUUUGAUCUUAUGUUCGGUAACUACAUCGACACAGAGAGGGUAGAAUGUUUUAGUGAUGGAGUAUUCUCGAUUGUCUCGACUCUGCUGGUAUUGGACAUCACAACAGAGAAUUUGCCAUCUGAAAACUGUGUCGAACAAUUUGGAAUCGAUAGAGCUGUACUGAACAUGUGGCCGAAGUUCUUGAUAUAUGCAGCAAAUUUCAUUGUGAUUGCUCUCUUGUGGUUUAUCCAUCACUCUCUCUUCCACUGCAUCAAAAAAAUGAAUCAAUUCAUGUUGGUUUGCAACAACAUUUCCUUGGCUUUCGUUGGUUUCUUUCCCUUUAUUGUUGCCAUUUUGAACAAGUUUGCUGACAAGCCUAGGAAACCUGAUGACAGCACAAAGCUUGCUGUGCAGUGUGGCUCAGUGGUCAUAUUUAUGGCAAGUAUGUCUCAAGCUGUUGUAUUUGUUGCUGCACUGUGGAAAGGUCCAUCCCAUUUGGAACCAAAGGUGAACCCAGCUGUUUCCAAAACGAGUCACAACUACUUGACUUUGAAACUUGCCAUUUUACCUGUUAUUAGUCUUGCAGCAUACAGCAUUGCAAUUACAGCAAGUGCUUUAAUAAUUUAUAUUGCUUUCCAUGCUGGUGCAUUUGUAACUCCAUUCUUGUUCUUAGCACUGAAAUUCUGCUGGGGCCAUAGGGAAGUGGGUGUUUUGAGACACGAUGUUGCCAUGGAUCCUGACUUGGAGACCUGGGUACCUCCCCCUCACAGAAGUAGGUUGCGUCUUCAAAAGAAUUUCAUAGGUGACACCACUUUAUCACAGUCAUUAGCAUGCUAAGAAAAUUUAAAUAGUUUCAGACUUAAGGUGGCCCAAAAUAGUUUUGCUGUUUUUUGAAGCAAAUUCUUUGUUAAAUGUUUUCUACCCUAUGU